AUGCUGGUCUUUGAUUUACAUUGCCACGCUAGCCACAUUGAUGGCUUUGCAGUGGCGAAUUGGUUGGACACGAUCCUGGUGGUCGGUGGACUGGUCGACAUCUUCGUGUCCAUGAGAGCCCAGGCAGAGGACAUGACCACCUUACGCUUCGUGACGGCCUUGAAGGCCUUCCGUGCCAUCCGCAUGGUGCGCAGCUUCCGCUUCUUCCGCGGCCUGCGUGGCCUCGUGAAGGCGUGUCAAUGCUGCUUACCAUCGCUUUGUUGGUCGAUGGUGUUGCUGGCGGCGUUCAUGUGUAUGGGUGGCUUGAUCAUGGGCAACUUAUUGCAGGACUACAUCAAAGAUGAGUCCCAUAGCUUCGAGGAUCGUCAAUGGGUUUGGCAACGCUAUGGCACCUGCUAUAGGGCAACCUAUACCUUGUACGAAAUGACCUUUGCCGGAAACUGGCCGGUCAAUGCGCGGCCUGUGAUGGAGAAGGUGAAUCAGGGCUUUGUGAUCUUCUACUUGCUCUACAUCACCAUCAUUGUCUUCGCUGUGAUCCGGGUCAUCAGCGCGAUUUUUCUGAAGGACACCCUGGAUGAAGCGCAUAAUGACGCACAGCAGCUGGUCCUGGACCGGCUCAAAAAGAAGGCGACCGGUGGAGCGGACGCACUGAACCGCCCGGAGCGCUCGGCUCGGCGCAGCUCUGCCUGGUACAAGGUGCCAGUUUGGGAUGGGAAUCCCAGUGGCUUCCGCGCCUUCAAGCGGGAGAUGGAGUGGUGGAUGGCGAGCAUGGAUGCCUCAAGCUGCACAAAAUACAAUGUUGCUGCUCGUUGGACUUUACGCCAAACUGGCGUCGUUCGUGCUCGCUGCGAGGAAUUCUCCCCUUCCGAGUUGGAAGGCGCUGCCGAGGUCAGAGGGGAAGACCCCACGACAGGAGAAGAGAUUGUGUUGGAACCCGCUGAUCCAUGGAAAGGCAUUCGUAAGUUGAUGUCAGCCCUUGAGGAGUCCAUGGGUCGUACAUUGUUGGACAGAAAAGGUGAGUUGAGGAAACAGUUUUACACUGACCUUCGACGCAACCCUGGUGAGCGCAUCAGUUCGUUCUGUUCACGGUUCCGCACGCUCUACUCUGAAAUGAAGCGUGAAGGAAUCACGUUGCCGUCGGAUGAACUUGGAUGGUUUCUGAGGAAUCGAAUGGGGUUGGACGCCAUCCGGGUUCAGCUUCUCGACACCGCGCUCCGCGGUCGGGAGGCAUAUGAGGAAGUGGAGGCCGAAGCGCUUCGUUUGUUUCGUGACUUGCAUAGCGAGGACCCGUUGCACAAGAAAAGCGUUGUUGACAGGUCACCACUCCUUGGUCGUUUUCUUGGACAGUCGCAGUCAGGAGCCUCCUCAUACCGGACCUCAUUGCCUUCAAGUGCCAGCUCCUCAUUCGGUACCAAGUCAUACAAGACUUCCUUUUCAAGUGGUUCACAGAAGAGCUUCAAGCCCAUGCCAAAGGUUGCACCUCGUUCAGCGUUGGUUGCAGAAGCUCCUACAGAGGCUGAGCCGGAACUCGAAGAAGAGGAGGAAUUGGUUCCUGAUGUUGAGGAAUCAGGCAUGUCGUUGGAGCAAGUUCUACAAUGCGAAGCGGAAGUGUUAGCCGCUGAGCUUGAAGAGUUGGAACAAGAAGGUGUUGCUCCAGAGUUCAUUGAGGGCCUUGAGACGGGUGUUGAGCAGGCUGCUGAAUCCCUCGUUACUAUGAGGGAAGCUCGAAGCAAGAUAGCAGAACUUCGAAAAGAUCGUGGAUAUGGAAAAGCCGCUGCUGCUGGACAGCCUUCAAGUGCGAAGCCAAAGAUGACUGGCAAUCAGGUCAACGGCAAGAAGUCGCGCUCGAGUUGCUGGGAUUGUGGCCAGACUGGUCACUGGGCUGGUGACCAUGGCUGCCCUAGUCCAGGGGCAGGACUUUUCAAGCCAAAAGGCGGCAAGCCUGCGAAGCAUGUCAGAGUCACAGAGGCCUUGGCGACAGAGUUCGAUACAGAGGCUGAACCGGCUCACGAGGAUGCUCAUGAGGUGAUGACAACAGCUCGGUUGUUUCAGCAUUGCACAUUGUCAGAUGCUCUUGACAAGUCGGUUGAAGUGUUUGCAAGUGAAGUGCAUUCGUUGGCGUUGGACAAAAAGUUGAUGGGAGCUUUAGACAGCGCUUGCAAUCGUACUUGUUGCGGACAUGUUUGGCUUGAGCAUUAUUUACAUGCAUUGAAAGCCGCGCCCAAGGUCAUCCAAGACCUCGUGUCACAGCAGGUGGAACAGGAGACCUUCAAAUUUGGCAACGGAGGGACGCAGAAGAGCACAGUUCGCUUCAGAUUGCCAAUGAUGGUUGGGGAAGAUUUGAUUUUGGACAUGGGUGUCGGUCGUACAGGUUGGCAGUUUGGGCCUUUUGUUGGGACACUUUGCCCUCCGCCUCAUUCCGAGCUGCUGGCCUACACCAGAUCCAUGGAAGCGGCACCAAAGCACGCUUCAACAUGGCGGCGCAUGCUGUUGCGCCUCGAGGCAAGAGUGCGAUGGCACGUGCAAGGCAUUGUCUUGUGGCUUUGUCGGCGGCCGUGGCUGCGCUUUGCACCCUUGCCGUACCCGUCCAUCACCACCGGACGGCAAUGGCUUUUGCAAGGCCAACAGAUGGUCGCAAAUGGAGCUUUCCCUCAACGCCACCUUCAGAAGGCACAAGAUUUGGAGUUGUUCACAGCUGGAAACCUGAAGGAGUGCAGUUGGCUCCGCGAUCGUUUGGGUUGGCGGAUGGCCUUCAUGGAAGACCCAAUGCUCCUUGGAAUGAUGGCCGCAAAGAGCAGCAAAGGAGCGGCAUCCCGCAUUCGUCAAGAGGCCCUUGCGGAAGCGAAGAAAGAGGCCGACAAGGCCAUGAAGGAAGGCAAGCAGCACGAGGCCAUUCGAACGCUCAUUGGACCUCGAGGAGGUCUGCCAACUCUCAAGGCAGAUCUUCUGAAGCUGGCGGCACUUGUGGAGAUCACCCCGCCGGAGAAGGCUACAGUCGAAGAUUUGAAGAAGCUGGUGAGGCCCAUCGUCCAAGACAUCGCAAGCAAGACGCCAGCAGUUCGUCCUUCUCCAAGUGGAGCAAGUUCUCACCACGAGCCACCGAAGAGUUUGACAGAUCGCCCAAAGCCUUCCGUCGCCCCAAGCACACCGCUGACAGUGGCUCCAUCUACGCCGCCGACUCUGGCUUCCACAGUGCCAGGAGUGCAGCUGCAGGACAUACACGAGCUCCUGGCCCAGCAGGAUCAAAAGUUUCAGACAAUGCUGACCCAGGUGAUGAGCCACAUGAUGUUAUGCAAUUCUCAAAGCCUGUUGGGAGCUCAUGGAUGGAGCACGGAGGAGGCGGAGAGGGCGAAGGAGUUCCACGAGAAGGAGUUCCACGAGAUGACCGCGCAAGAGUUGAGCGACUUCAGUCUUCAGGAGAGAACGCGGGUGCAGGAGUCGGAGGCGGAACUGACCGAAGGCCACUAUCCCAUUGCAUUGGCCAAAGCCUUCAUCAAGGGCUUAGAGCGGCAGUUCCAUGCUGAUCAUGGCCAUUGUAGAGAAGUUUUGGCGGUGGAUGGAGAGGAGGUGGAACCAGAUGAUGACACUGGUGAACAGGCUGUGCAGAAUCCUUUCGACUCAGAAUCGGACAUCUCGUCCAUGGGAGAAGAGCAGGAGUCUGGCACCAGAAUCUCGUCGGCAACGAGGCUUGCUGUGAAGAGGCUUCAUGAAAACACAGGACACAGGUCGAACAGACGACUUGCCAGGGCACUUGUCCUUGCCGGUGCCCCAGCCGAAGUGAUUGCUGCAGCCAAGCAACUUCGCUGCAGCAUUUGUGAUGAGAAGAAGAGACCGAAGUCCAAGAGGCCAAGUACAUUGCCUUCGCCCAAGGAUGUGUCAGACCAAGUGCACAUCGACAUCUUCGAAAGCAGUGACAUCAAUGAGCAGAAGUACUAUGUCGUACAUUGCAUUGACUGGACUUCACGAUUCCAGAUGGGCGAAGUGAUGUUGACAAAAGAUUCUGAAAGCAUUCGGCGUGCUGAGCUCAGCAGGUUGGCAUCCAGCAUGGAACAAAUCAGUGCAGAUGUGUGGCAUGAUGCCAUCAGAGAUUGUGUGGAGUCAGCGCUUCACGAUGCUCGCAGGGAUCCUCAAGCUCCCGCGACACCCUUACCGAUAGCUGCACCUCCCACACCUUCCAGACCUUCGAGUGCACCAGCUCUACCACCGGUGCCUGAGGAGUCAGUUGAGGAGUUGCCGCCGGUUGCACCAGUUGACCUGCUGCAAGCGUUGGACAACGGCAAUCCCGAGCCGUUGGCGCUUCCAGGAAGUGGCAGUUUGAGCAGGAGGGCAUCGACAUUGUCUUCUUUUGGAGUUGGCUCUCAACCAGCUUCAGUUCAUGCAGCCCCAGGGACGCCAGUGCCUGCAUUGAUUCGACAGGCAAGCCAAGUGGCCCCACAGACACCACCUGUCAGCUCUCGUAUGGAGGCAGCAAUUGAUGAUGCCCGGGAGUUGGAGGAGGAAAGCAGUUCCAGGAAGAGGACGGCGGAGGUGGACGCUGAAGCGCUUCGUGAAGAAGGGAGAAUGGAGACCACAGAAGGUCAUUCCGUUUUAGUGACCACUGCACUCGUCCAGAAUGUGCUGAAGACAAAGAAUGCCUUGGUGUCGGAGUUUGCCAAAGCUCCAGAGAAUGCCAAGGUCCCUGAGAGCGAUGUCGUGUCUCCUCACAAAGACACGCUGGAGGAGGACUUCAUGCGUUCAAAGAUUCACCCACUCCGUUUCAUCCAGGAGUUGGUGGAGAAAGACAAACGAGAUCCAAAUAUGAGUGAAGUUGUUGACCAUGGCAGUUGGUCAGGCCGAUGGCCCUUGCCUUCACGCAGUAGCUGGCAGGCUCACGAGAUCACAUGCAGCUUGUGGCCAUGCAGCGAGAAUGAAGUGAAUGCUGCCAAGACCGCUCGCCGUGAGGUGAAGUGGAAACAAAUCCCAGAGCAUGAGAAGGCAGAGUAUAGAAAAGCAGCGGAAGCUGGAUGGAAGGUGCAGACAGACAACUUCGCUUUCGAACCACUCAGCGAAGAAGAGUCAAGCAGAGUCCGUUCCAAGUUACGAGACGCUGGAGAACUCAACAAGAUCUUGCAUCCUCGGUUCAUUUACACCGACAAGAAUGACGGGAAGCGGUCUGCAUCCACUCCGAUGCCACUUCUGGCAAAUGCUCGGCUUGUGAUCCCGGGCUAUCAGGACGAAACUGCAUACACAGUUCGAAAAGAUGUUGCACCGGUCGCUGACCAAUCUCGGCUGGAUGAGGAGUCAGAUGGAUGCAGCACAGUGGACGUGUUCGACAAAACCUCCAGCGAUACACCAACAUACGGCUCCCAGAAGAGUUUAGCCUUCACCGUUGGCUGGAUUCGAGAGGUGCUCCGAAAGGUGGUGCUGCCGAGCGGCCGUUCUUGUGAAGUGAAGUUGUCGAAGCAGUGUACCGUGCUGGAGCUGAAGGUGGCGGCUCAACGGCUCUUGAACCAGAACUUGCUCAAGCUGCUUUAUGCUGGCACUCUCCUCGAUGCUUCAGCCCAGCUUUCCUCACUGGGCUCGCUGCAUGGGGAGACUCUGAACGCUGUGGUGCAAGUGGUGCAAAUCACCGCGACGCGCGAGGCCUUUGCACUGUGGUGCCACGAGGGCGGCCUCAUCACCUGGGGUCAUCCGGGUUGA